AUGGAUAAAGAUCAGGCUAGCGUUCAUAGUGAAAAUGAUCCUGAAACAGACACUGAUACAUGCGCUAGUUCAACUGCUGCAAUGACUAACUUAGAUGAUGAUACUGAUAGAGUUAUAUCACUAACUGAAUUUGUUGAUUACUGUAAAACAGAAGAUGAAAGAAUAGCUACACUAACAUCUGCUUCAGAUGGAAAAAUUUGUACUUAUCCUGAGGGAUAUAAAACAAGACAAUUACUUUUUAGUUGUUUGACAUGUCGUGAAAAAACUGGUAAAGAUGCUGCUAUAUGUUUUGGAUGUUCUAUGCAUUGCCAUCAAGAUCAUGAUGUAAUAGAAUUAUAUACUAAAAGAAAUUAUUGUUGUGAUUGUGGAAAUAAUAAUUUUUUGAAUUUCAAAUGUCAAUUAUAUGAAGGAAAGGAUCCUAUCAAUAAAAAUAAUGUUUAUUCACACAAUUUUGUUGGAAAAUAUUGUUCUUGUGAUGCUAUAUAUACUGGAGCUGAAGAGAUGUUACAAUGUAAUUCCUGUGAAGAUUGGUUUCACAUAGAACAUCUUUUAAAAGAAAAUCAAGAAAGUGAUGUUGCAACUAAUGCUGAUGAAUUAUAUUGCAAAGAUUGUACAAAAAAAUUAGAUUUUUUAAAAUUUUAUAAUGCUAUACAAGAUGUUCCAUUAGAAAAAAUUGAUGAAAAAAUUAAAGAAGAAAGUUGUAGUUCUGAUGAAACGUGCUAUUUUAAUAGAUUUUCAUGGAGGGAGACAAUUUGUGUUUGUAAUACAUGUACUUAUAUGUAUGAAGAUCUAGGUUGUACAUGGCUUACUGAACCAGGUGAUUCAUUAGCUGUAUAUUAUAAGGAUGCUCCUGAUUUCGAUGGUGAAGAAAAAUCUACCCAAGAUGUUAUUAAAGAAGUUUUAGCUGAAACUUCAAAAGCUUAUGGCCAUGAAGCAACUAUGUUUAUAGCAGAAAAUAUUGAAAAUAUAACAAAUCAAGUUGUAUCUGGUUUAAAAAGAAAAUUUGAAGAAAAAGGUGGACAACCAAUUGACAAUGAAGAUAUGAGAAAUCUUCUUGACGAACUAGAAUUACCAACGAAAAAGUGGAAGCCUGAGUCUAGUGAUGUCUAA